CGAAUCGUUUCCUCUUUUACUGGUGACGAAGCGGUGGAGGUCAAAGUUGAAUGUUUGACAGAGAGCUGAAAAUGGAUUCCAUAUUUCAUGAGAAACAAGAGGGCUCCCUCUGUGCCCAGCACUGCCUGAACAACCUUUUGCAGGGUGAGUAUUUUACUCCUGUAGAUCUGUCAUCUAUUGCUCAUCAGCUUGAUGAAGAGGAGAGGAUGAGGAUGGCAGAGGGGGGUGUAUCCAGUGAAGAAUACAGGACCUUUUUACAGCAACCCUCUGGGAACAUGGAUGACAGUGGGUUCUUUUCAAUACAAGUAAUUAGCAAYGCUCUCCGAGUCUGGGGCUUGGAACUAAUCCUCUUCAAUAGCCGGGAGUAUCAAAGCCUCAUGAUAAAUCCAGUAAAKGAGAAAGCCUUUAUUUGCAACUAUAAGGAGCACUGGUUUACUAUACGCAAACUUGGACAACAGUGGUUUAACCUGAAUUCACUGUUGACUGGACCAGAGUUGAUAUCAGACACAUAUUUAGCACUUUUCCUCGCACAACUACAACAAGAAGGUUAUUCCAUAUUUGUGAUUCGAGGAAAUCUCCCUGAGUGUGAGGCUGAGCAAAUUCUUGGGAUUAUGAGGGUUCAUCAGCAGCAGCGGCCCAGGCUCAUUGGAGAGGAAGAAGCCCAGACUAGUGCAGGGAGGUCAGCCGCUGUAGGCCAGACAGAGAUGGGGUUUGGUGUGGAAGAUGAGGCUGUGGAUGAAGAUGAAGAGCUAAAGCGAGCUCUGGCACUCAGCAGACAGGCCAUGGAUGUGGAAGAUGAAGAUGCUGAUCUUCGUAGAGCCAUACAGCUCAGCAUGCAAGGAGCAGCAAUGACCAACAAGUCUACAGAGUGCGAAGUGGAAAACRUAAAGGCAGAAAGCCAGCCUGCGGGGGGACAAAAAGAAAUCCAAAAUGAAACACUUACAGCUGAGGAGCUGAGGAAGAGGAGACAAGCCUACUUUGAUCGACAGCAGCAACAGCCAAACAUUCCUCAACAAUCAGACGCACAUUCAACAAGUGAUUCAGGAUCAGUGAGCACCGGCUCUGAGGAGGACCAACAACAACAAAAGCCUAGCCAAUAAAGUUGUGGAAGGUUUGUCUGUUGUUUACCUGCAGCCUGGAUUGAAAACCCCUCCCAGGGGUAGCUUUGCUCCCUCUUCUAACGUUUUUGCAUAAUGCAAACAUAAGGACAGUCAGAAGGCUAACACGUGGUUCCCCCUCCCCUCGUUAGUUUGCUGGCAGGCCAUAAAGAAGAGAACAAAGGAAGGGAGCUCCUUGAGCGACGCUCCGAGUUUGGGAACAGUGUKACCACUGGGACUAACGAUGCAGUGAAUCCAAGCUUGCGAUUGCCUUUUUACCAUGGCGCCUUCUAUUUCUAUUGUAAACAGUUUGUUAUUCCGCUUUUGUUUUGUUUUGUUUUUUUCCUUUUUUUUCUGAAAACCGUGUAAAGAAACAACAUACAGAGGGUGUGUUUACUUGUUUGGGGGUGAAAACAUGACAAGACRGGCAUUCUGUGAAAGCAAUACGAGACCAAUGUUUAGAAGAAAGCUUUAUGUAACGACGAAGCCUCCUACUGUUGUGUUGCACAUGGGUUUGUGCAGCGCGAGACAAAUUAAAACACCCGAAUAUCGCUGUAGUUUUGUAACGAUUCAGUCAUUUCUGUUGCGAUGCACUAAAUUCUGUUUCAGUGAGAAACACUAAAAUAACUGGGCUACCCAUCACUGACAUUAUCCAUCRUUUUCACUGAGCAUUUACAAGAGAGCUCAAGGUUUUUUUCUUAGAAAGCGGUAUAUUUUUGAUGUUCUUAGAUUUUUAUUUUCUUUAAUUAUGCAAGUGGACAUAAAACAAAUUUAAGGGUGUUUUGUCACUUUGGGCAAAACUGAUUGAUUUUCAGCUGUUCUUAUGUUGAGAUGUAGGAGGAGGGUAGAGACCGGGCAGCUGAUGGAUCAGUGAUUGUCUCCUGCUCAGCGUGAUCAGUUACUUUUCAAAUCGUCUGACAUGUCCAGUCAGCCUUUUUAAUCAUUGAUUUCACUUGUUUCUUAUGUCUAUUUGUAGAAAAGUAUUCAGUGAUAUAAAAGUCAAACAAAAAAUGUAUUUUAGAAACACCUCAGAAAUGGCUGAUCCCUUUAAUCUUGCAUGUUACAACUCCCCCAAAUACUUUUUAAUUGCACUCUGCUGGUAACGUACUGUAAAAGUAAAUUGGUUUACAUUUAAGUUGCCAUGGGUUAAAGACGAUGUAUGUCUUGUCGACUGAUGAUCUUCAAAAACAAAAGAGACAAGUACUAAUAACCUUAAUAAGUAGUCAAACUGGACGAGAUGAAAAAUCUGAAAUGUGUUGAAGUUUAUACACGUUUGAAUACUUGGGUAUAUUUUAUUGCUUAAAUCUAUAACCAGAUCUUGUUUCACUCUAAAGGUUUUUUUGUGUGUGUGUUGAAUAGACCACAUUACAGCACAAGCACACUUUUUUUAAACUGUUUCCUAGAACCAGUGACUGUUACGCGUUGACAUUUUUAAUGCCUCCUCAAAAGUUAAGGAAAUCAUGUGACGUUGGACCUGAUCGAUCAUUUCCAGGAAGAUCUGAUGUUUUUUCUGUUUUUCUUGAUCAUCUGUAUUUUUUUUCCAAAUGCACUUGUGUGGGAGUUUAAAAUGUCAGUAGUCUGUUUCCUUAUCUUUUUUUUUAUCACUGCAUUAUUUUCAAAAACCUUUCUUACAAUAAGUACUGCUUUUAUUUAAUGUUUGCACAGCUCAGUCUUUCAUUUAACAAACUGGUUAGUGUUUCAGGAUUAAAGUGAUAUUAACUCAU